AUGGAUUCUUAUGAUCAAUAUGUGACGGCCUCUAAGGCAACUGUCUGGCACGGUGAUGGCCACGAGAAAACCCUCCAAACCCACAUCCUCUCUCAACCCAGUCUCUGCAACCAACCCGAAGCGAUCCUCUCCGAGAUCGACCGCUGGGCCACCGAGAAAAAUAUCUGUAUGAUGACCAUCGGUCCGGAGCGGAGUACUCCAAUCAUGGACCUGAUCAAUUCUGCCCGCCCCAGCACCAUGGCCGAAUUAGGCGGGUAUGUUGGCUACUCGGCCAUCAAAUUCGGGAACGAGGUACGUCGUGUCGGCGGGACGCGAUAUCUAAGUCUCGAGUUUAGCGAUGAGUAUGCAGCUGUGGCGAAGGCGCUUAUUGAAUUCGCUGAGCUAGGCGAUUUCACUCAAGUAAUUGUUGGACCGGCCUCGGAGUCGUUGGGGAAGGUCGCGGAGGAGUUGCAGACGGGGAUUGAUGUGCUUUUCAUCGACCAUUACGAGAGAUUGUAUCUGGGUGAUUUGAAGACUGCAGAAGGACUUGGAUUGCUGAAGGUUGGGGCUUUUGUUGUGGCCGACAAUGUUGACGCGCCUGGAGCAAAGGAUUACAUGCAGUGGGUUGAUGGAAGGGAGGAGGAUGAAGGCAGGAGAUUCAAGUAUGAGUCUCAGAGAUUGCCCUAUAUGCUCGCUAAUGGACAGCAGCUUGUUUUCCAGGAUGCUCUUUGGAUUUCAAAAUUGAUAUAG